GUGGGCCCCGGGAGAGUAGAACGCGCUGCGGUGGUGGCGGGAGCAGCAGCUCGGAGCCCUUGAGGAACCAGAGCUGAGCGUGCAGCCGACGCCCCAGGAGCCCACAGUGCCCAGCAGCCUGCCUCCGCGUUGCCCCUGUCCGCCAUGCAGCCCCAAUCAGUUCUGCACAGCGGCUACUUCCACCCACUGCUUCGCACCUGGCAGGCAGCCGCCACACCCCUCAGUGCCUCCAAUCUCAUCUACCCCAUCUUUGUCACGGACGUUCCUGAUGAUGUACAGCCCAUCGACAGCCUCCCAGGAGUGGCCAGGUAUGGGGUGAACCGGCUGGAAGAGAUGCUGAAGCCCCUGGUAGAAGAGGGCCUGCGCUGCGUCCUGGUCUUUGGAGUCCCCAGCAGGGUCCCCAAGGAUGAGCGGGGUUCUGCAGCCGACUCUGAGGACUCCCCGGCUAUCGAAGCCAUCCGCCUGUUGCGCAAGACCUUCCCCAGCCUCCUGGUGGCCUGCGAUGUCUGCUUGUGCCCCUACACCUCUCAUGGCCACUGUGGGCUGCUGAGCAAGAAUGGGGCAUUCCAGGCAGAGGAGAGCCGCCAGCGGCUGGCAGAAGUGGCACUGGCCUACGCCAAGGCAGGAUGUCAGGUGGUCGCCCCGUCGGACAUGAUGGAUGGACGCGUGGAAGCCAUCAAGGAGGCCCUGAUGGCCCAUGGACUUGGCAACAGGGUAUCAGUGAUGAGCUAUAGUGCCAAAUUUGCAUCCUGUUUCUACGGACCUUUCCGGGACGCGGCUCAGUCCAGCCCAGCUUUUGGAGACCGCCGCUGCUACCAGCUGCCACCGGGAGCACGAGGCCUGGCCCUCCGAGCAGUGGCCCGGGACGUACGGGAAGGAGCCGACAUGCUCAUGGUGAAGCCCGGAAUGCCCUACCUGGACAUCGUGCGGGAGGUGAAGGACAAGCACCCUGAGCUCCCUCUUGCCGUGUACCACGUUUCUGGAGAGUUCGCCAUGCUGUGGCACGGAGCCCGGGCCGGGGCGUUUGAUCUCAAGGCUGCUGUUCUGGAGGCCAUGACCGCCUUCCGCCGCGCAGGUGCCGACAUCAUCAUCACCUACUACACGCCUCAGCUGUUGCAGUGGCUGAAGGAGGAGUGAUGGCGGCCGUGCACAAGACCAAUAGCUAGAACUUUUCAAAGGUCCUGGGGCAUUGGAGAUGUGAAAACCAAAGUAAAUGCUGCUUUAGAACUGUGCCCUCACACCCUCUUCCUACUCACGUGCUGGCCAGCGCCCAGCAGCCCGGGGGGCUUUCUGCCAACCUGCGCCCUCUCACCACGCGAGCCUCCCGGGCUCCCCCAGCCUUCCCCAUCCCUCCCCUGGAUCAGCCCUGAGGCUCACCUCCACUACCCCAGCUCCUCCUUUUGGUGUGGCCUCAGCUUGAAAGCCGCCAGGAGGUAAGGGCUCAGACUUGGUGGGGCCUCACAGAGGGGCUUGGAGCAUUGGGGUAGAGGAGAGCAAGUGGCAUCUUGUAUCAUAAAAAGCUCCAGAAACCCCGAGGCCUCUGGCACCAGAGCUGGGCACCGGGACAGAGGCCUAGAAUGACAUCUCCAGGUUUAGAGUUGAGAUGUGCCUCGAUUCCACUGGAAGGUGAUUCCCACACAGGCCCAUGUUGGCAGGCUGCCUGAGCUCUCCUAUUCUGUUCUCAGCCAUAGACCCAAAGAAGAGUUACUUGUUAGUGAGCAGAAACGUUGCCUGAGGAUCAAAAUUGAGAAGCAAGUAGAGAGUUCCUGACUGUUGGAGAACUAGAAGCCAGAAAGGCUUUUCUGUUGAAGAGAAUUUUUGAGAACAUCUGCUCGGGGCCUCGACACAGUGCUAGGUACUGGGAUAUAGCAGGAUGGAUCUCAGCCUGUCUGUCUGUGUGGAAUCACAGCAGGGAGAACAGGAAGACAGAUGACAAUAAAACAAAGCAAUUACAAAUUGUAAUUCGUGCUUUGAGGGAAAGAAAGGGGCUUGACAGAAUAACCAACCAAGGGUGUCUCUUGAGAGGAUGGUCCAGAAGCCCUCUCUGAGGUUGAGGGACAAGAAAGGAUCCUUCCAGAAAGCAGAGGGAAAGGCAGAAGAAGCCACAAGAAUGACACAAACUGUGCAAAGGUCCUGUGGUGGGAGGAGCUUGGCAGAGCUUCUGGGAGCGGGGUGAGGAAGCAGAGGGGGGUUGAUAGGACUGGAGGUUGGAACGGUAGGCUCUGCAGGCCUACCUGUAGGAAGCUCGGUCUUGGCAUUGGGUAGAAAGCGAUCUGCAGGAUUCUUAACUAGAAGUUAUGUGUGUUCCACUUUUUCACGCUCUGCUGCUGUG